AUAACCAACGAAGACAGUGUAAAGGGAGCCAUCACAAGGGACCGACCCCUUGGCGAUAUCAUAACAACGAAGAUUAAAACUAGCAGGUCGCUUACUACGGCUACCAAGAACAAUGCCAUUCUAAUUCAGGUUUUAAAUGGACGCUGGUGGAAGGAAAAAAAGAAAGAGAAGAAGACUGCAAACUUCGUGGCGCCUUGACAAUGGUAACCGACAUGAGAGAGGCCAAUACAACAUGGCCGAAAUGCAGAGAAGGCCGCAACCAACAAAAAAACCUGUGACGUCACGUUGCUGUCCAACGUUCUCGAGGGUACAGGAGCAACUGCCACAGAUAAUGUAUUUACUUGUUGUCUUAAUCACGAUUUGGACAGCACCGUGGAUUGACAGAAUCGUUUGAGCAUCGGCGGGGGAAGCUGAGUUUAGUAUUGUCAUGGCUAAUACACUGUUUCAUAGCAAUACAUCCCGACGGAUUCCGUACUGGAGAAAUCUGCCGCCCCUCGUACCAAGAUAUAUUACAGUGGAGGAAAUGUUAAGUCCAUUUCGACCAAAGAAAUUCACAGGCUCAAAUUCCAAGAACUCAUACCAAUUUUUAAAUGCAUAUAAAGGAAUUGAAAGGAAUGUCACCAAAGGUUGUAUGAAUGACACACACAUGGUUCUAUCCAACAUACUAACCACAUCAGUAGGUUGGCAGAAAAAAUUACUUGACGCAAGUGGAAAACCUCCAGCUGGUAUCCUACAAGGUGCUGUUCACUGGGCUGGCGAUUAUGAAAGUUGUCUAAAGAUUAAGAGUCCAUUUGGUCCAGGAAAUUUAAGUGAACACAAUCCAUUGAUUCAUGGACAAUACUGUUCUGUGCAAAUAGAUUUCCCCAAGGAAGGAUUUAUAAAAAAAAUUCCGGUAGCGCUGUUACCCAUUUUCGGUCCACAAUUAAAUGGUAUGUCAGUGAUUUGGGAUAUUUGUACCACACAACGAUGCUCGGCACCUGAACUGAAGACACUCUUUACACCUGCGUUUAAUUUACUCAAUAGAUUUGCUUCGGUGAAUUUAACAAGUGUUGUCUGCAAGAAACCACCAAAUCUCUUGAAACACAAUGAGGCAAUUGGAGCUUUGGGUUUUUUUUCAGUUUACUUUCUGCUGUUGCUUGUUGGGACCAUUUACGAUAUUUGUUUCAAUAAGGACAAUUCUGCAGAAUUUGAUUUACAGACAAAAGUCUCGCUGGCGUUCAACAACUUCAGUUUCAGUCCGUCUGAAUUUCCAGUUUCGACUGCAUUUAGUAAGAAGGAAGAAUCAAAACAUGCAAUGGAAAUGAGUAAUGGACUUCAGCGCUAUUCACGAAAGAGCACAUCAAUUGGUGGAGCAGAGCUGACCGCAGCAGCCGCAGUGGGUGAGAUAUCUGCUGCAACAUCAUCUUCAUCAAUAGCAAAAGAUGAUGAAAGCCUAGAAAAAGCGUCCACAAGCCAAGCAAAUAAGAAAGUUGUAGCACCUGUCAUGCCUCCACCACAACCUCCAAGUCCCACGCUGCCUCCACCCCCACCAUUGGAAGACCCAUCGUUGUCUGAGAAUGAGAGGCAUGCUCUCAGCAAUAUAUAUAAUGACAUCGCCUCUCCAGCACAGACGGACUAUUUAGACGAAAGGAAGUCUUCAGAAACUUACGAAAUCCUUGAUGCCAAAGAAGUCAAUCAAUCCACGUCACACUAUGAUACCGCCAUGCCAUCAGAAGUCAGUUUCGACAGACAAAACAGUGAAAUAAAGGAAAUUUUAGGAAGUUUCCUGCUCGCUUUCUCAUUGAAAAGGAACGCAAACAAGAUUUUGACUUGCACGCAUUCAGUUGAAAUGCUUUCUUCAUUGAAUGGCAUCCGAUUCCUAAGUAUGGUUUGGAUUAUUUUAGCUCACACAUAUCUUUUGGGAAUGAAUGAUGAAAUCAAAAACCCGAUGAGUGCCAUACCCAUUGCCCAAAGAUUUACGUUCCAAGCAGUUUUCUCAGCCACUUUUGCAGCUGAUACAUUCUUUUUACUCAGUGGUACCCUCUUGACAUAUUCCUUCAUUGAUAAUUUCUAUUCACGGGGUGAAAAUGGACUCAAGCAUAUCUUUAAGAUAUACCUAACGCGUUUCCUGAGGUUGACCCCAUAUUAUGCAAUAAUUCUCAUUUUCGUGACAUGUCUGAUGCCCUACAUGUUUCAAGGUCCUUUUAACGAUUUGAGCAUUGAAACAGCUUGUCGGGAGAAGUGGUGGUCAAAUCUCAUAUAUUUGAACAAUAUGUAUAAAAUAGAAGAAAUGUGCAUGAGUUGGACUUGGUACUUAGCGAAUGAUGUGCAGUUUUACAGCGUUGCACCAAUUAUUCUAUCACUGAUAACUGCGCUUCCGUCAGUUGGACUUCUGGUGGUGACUUUUCUGCUUUGUGCCUACAUCGCAGCCACAACGGUACUUUGGCAGAAACUAUUAACUGGAACAUCAAUUACAUUCGAUGAUGUUUACACGAAACCUUGGACCAGGAUGAGCCCAUUUCUCAUUGGAAUAUUACUUGGAUAUUUCUUACGAAUGAAACACAGGAAACGUAGCAUUUCAAAGCUCUACCUCUCAUUCGGUUGGUUUAUCACGUUGGCUAUCUCCAUGGUGAUUUGUUACAUAAAAUACACUAUGUAUAAAACAGAUGAUCCAAUAGUCUGGACAAAUGCUCAAACAACAUCCUACGAACUCCUCUCUCGUCCAAUCUGGGCCUUGCUUGUCUCAUGGGUGAUUGUUAUUUGCGCUUCAGGAAAUGGCGGUAUUGUGACUAGCAUUCUCUCCUAUAGUGCUUUCAUACCCUUAGACCGACUGACCUACGGUGCUUUCCUUCUCCAUCCAAUUAUCAUGACUAUUGCCAAGAGACUUAACAUGGUCACUAUUUAUCUAUCAACGCCAACAGUGAUGUACACCUUUAUCGGCCAUUUAGUAAUAACGUACGGCGUGUCAUUCAUCACAACCAUUAUGUUCGACUCACCCGUGAGAAUGAUUACCAAAGUAUUUAAUCGGAAGUAACAGAUCCCAUUUGUGCCCUUAAAUCAAGCUGUUUGCAGUUCAGCUCAGUCAAAUUGAAAAUACAACCCUUUCACACCUUCAUCAAUGUGUUAAUUUUCUCAUGAUACAUACACACAUACAUACAUCCUGUACACAGAUUCACCACACACACACACACACACACACAUAUACACACAAGCACUCAUAUGAUUUCGUGCAUAUUCUCAAAGCAGACACACACACUUACUCACACAUGUUUUAUCCUCAAAGUGUUGCGGGGGGGAAACUCUGUUGUGAGGAGGCACAGUGCCACAGGGAAAUGCCUUUCACAUUCUAGUUUGCAAGAGCAUGUCAAAAAUACAUGUACUUAUAUAUAUAUAUAUAUAGAUAUAUAUAUAUAUAUAUAUAUUAG